AGUGAAACGCACAACGAAAAGUUCCGAAAUAAUUUUGCGAUUUUGUCCCCAUCGCCGCAAAUCAAAACUAGUAAAACAAAUCGAAUGUGCGUUUCUGUGGUGUAAAUAUUUUGCAUCUGUUUUGUUUACAUCACGAACUUCGGUUACUACCGUCCUGUUACUACUAAUGUUCCAAAUAAUAAAAACUGGACAAACCAAGAUGCACGGACUGCAUUACCUAGAGCUUCCGCAAAAGGGAACUUCGCCACCUCCACCGUCGUUGAUGGUGAGGACAACCUUCCCCGGCAGUGGUACCAAACGGCAGUUUGUCAAGGUAAACGAAGAAGUAUUCGUUAGCGAAAUCAAAAAGCGACCGAUUCUGUACAAUACGACCAUGAAGGAUCACAAACGGUUUAGUACACGACACGAAGCCUGGGCCGAGGUUGCCGUGGCGAUGAACUUGUCCGAGCAGGAGUGCAAGAAACGCUGGCGAAGUCUGCGGGAUGCCUUCAUGAAGGUAGUUCGAAACAAGAGCGAGGAAGAGCAGAAAACCUGGAUUCAUUAUCGUUUGUUGGAAUUUCUGCUGCCGUACAUAGGAAAGAAAGGUAAGAGAUCCAGAGAAGUUGAAUGUUUGGAAGAGUUCGAUAAUGACGAUGAUGAUGAUGCUGAGUACGUGGAAUUUGAGGACAGUGAUGAAAUUUACAAGGGAAACCGAGAACCUAUAACUGUCUCCUAUGUGACAGAAGACGGAGAGGAAGUAUUCCAAAUGCUUCAAGAUCCAGACAGCAUUCCUGAAGGCGCAGUGAUAGGGAUCGAAGAAACAGAAGAUGAAGAAGAAAUUGAGGAAGAAAAUGAAAUACUUCAUAGCAUUCAUCCUUCGGAACGACUCAAUGAGGAACUGACUAACGCUAACCAAGAUCACCCCGAGAAUUUCCUGUACGAGGAACGUUUAGAUUCCACAAUGUUAGAUAUUCAGCAAUCCUACGAAAUGACAGAGCAGCAAUCGUACACUCAGGAAACAGUUAAGCAAGAGAUUUUUUCCGAGAUUCAUGUAGAUGAGCUUGAAACGGAUUCGGUAAUAGAGCAUCUGGAAGAAGGUCGUGCGACACCCAAGUCGGAAAAAACUGAACGAAUGAAUCUUGAAAAGCCAGCAAUCAUCGAACAUACUGCAGAUCGUCAGGAAUCAACCACUACUAUUAUUAGCGAAAACCAGCAUCUUCCUUCGACAGAAUUAGCUGUCUUCGAUCAACCGUUGCAGCAGCAAGCAUCCACUGCACUAAUUCAAUGUAACUCAUCUGGUCGAGAGAAUACUCAAGCAAAUAUCGUGAUUCCGCAAGAUCCGACUGUCAAGUCCGGUUGUAGCGAUUCAGAUGAACGGUUUCUUCUAUCAUGUGCACCAAUUUUGCGACGAUUACCAAACAAAAAGAAUCAACUGGCUCGAUUGAAAAUUCAACAGUUACUGUUCGAGUUAGAGUACGACGAAAAAUAUAGCAGUUAAUAUUCAAAA